AUCGCCGGUCGAAUCCAACGGCCAAUUCACAUCUUGCCGCCAUGUGUCCAGCAGCGGUUCCUCAAACAGAUGAGAAGCUCUGCUUGAAAAGCCUUGGAGAAUCUCUUCGAUGAGAAGGGUCAACUCAAGGUGGACCGGACCGCGCCCGGCUCGCGCGGCGAGUCACCGGGAGCGCUUGGUGCGAUCGACCUUGAAGGCUGCCUGGAGCAAGUUCGGUCUCGAGGAGGACCCCGAGAUCACCGAGUACAUGGUUGGCGUCGCAUGCACGCUGAUUGCAGAGGCAUCAACUUGUCAAGAAGCAGAGGCGGAGCUGUUGCAGAGCUUGGGGCCAAUCCUGCAGGCUCAGGAGCUCAAGGCGAAAUACGUGUCCGCACUUUGCAAAGCACUGGGACGAGCUGUGGCAGAUUCCAAAGAGGAGGACGUUGAAGAAGAUGAGGAGGAGGAGCUGCUGUGCCGAUGUAAAGAUUUGAUCCUCUUGUACUUGGGAAGCAGCCAACUCCUCCUCCAGGACACCACCUUUGAGCUUCGAAAGGGUCAUCGGUAUGGCAUUGUCGGAUCGAAUGGAACAGGCAAGACCACCCUGAUGGAGCGCAUCGCUGAUGGCGCCAUCGCGGAGCUGGCGAAUAGCAAGCUUCGUUUUGUACAUAUUCGACAUGAGGCUCUUGAAGAGAGGAGCGACGUGUCUCAGACGGCCUUGGACUACGCGUGGCAGGUGGUUGGCCAGGAUGCCCCUUUGCACGCAGCCCUGGACGAGGUGGGAUUCACCGACGAGCUCAGGAUGAAACCUGUUUGCGAGCUUUCAGGAGGUUGGCGUGUAAGGCUUUUGCUAGCGACAGCAGUCGCCCGUGCUGCAGAUGUGCUGCUCUUGGACGAGCCGACGAAUCACUUAGACUCGCAGGCAGUGUCCUGGCUGGUGAGCUACUUGAACCACCGCAAGUCCACUUCUGUGGUGGUUUCACAUGACGCGCUGUUCCUGGACCAAAUCUGCACCGACAUCAUCCACUUCGAUGAGUGUCAGCUGAAGUACUACCGCGGCAACUUCAGCGUCUUCCAGCAGCAGGCUCCACAGUUCCACCCAAGGGACUUGCUGAAGGUCCGCUCCGAGAGCCAGCCAGAAAUGGCGUCCGUGCGGAAGGCUGUCCCAACGCCCCAAGGAGGCUAUCGCAUGGCCUUGCCAGUGCCCGGAAAGGUAGAGGGCCUCACGAGCAUCAGGAAGCCUGUGUUGGAGCUGAAGGAUGUCUCUUUUAGGUACUUGAUGGCCAAAGAUUACACUCUCAAACAUGUGAGUGGCAAGGUCACCACCCAAAGCCGGAUCGCCAUCGUGGGGCCCAAUGGCUCUGGAAAGUCCACCCUCCUGUCGUUGAUUUGUGGGGAACUGAGGCCAUGCGCGGAUGAGACGGGCCAGGUCGGAGAAGUUCAGCAGCACAGGAGCCUUCGCCUGGCCUAUGUGGCGCAGUCCCACGCGUUCCAUUUAGCCGACUACGCCAAGUGCACGGCAGAGGAGUACAUCCAAGUGCGCUACCGCAAUGGCUAUGAUGAAGAGCUGCAAAAGAGGCUCUUGGCUCCGCCGGAUGACGCCGAGGCAACGCUCCUGCAGCGCUUGGGCGCGCGCUUCGGCAAGUAUGGCAAACAAGUGGAGGCUGUGGUCUCCAGACGGAAGCAGCGCAACGACUGGAGAUACGAGGUGAAGUGGCAAGACCUGGCGGAGAAGCAAAACACCUUCGAGUCGAUCGGCAAGUUGCGACAGCUAGGUGUGGAGAGGUUCGCCACCGCCCUGGAUGAACGCUUGGCCGUUGGGGUCGAUUCGGACGAUCGCCCGUUGACGCGCCGGGAAAUCCAGAGGCACUUGGAAGGUUUUGGCUUGUCGGAGGAUUUGUCCACAAAGCAACCCAUCAGCCAACUCUCUGGUGGUCAGAAGUCCAAGCUGCUCAUCGCCGCCGCUGCUUGGACCAAGCCGCACGUCCUGUGCCUGGACGAACCCACGAACUUCUUGGACUUCGAAACCGUGGAUGCUCUGAGCCGUGCGCUGCGGAGCUUCCGCGGGGGUGUCCUCCUGGUGAGCCACAACCAGGAGUUCUUAAGCUCGAUCUGCGAAGAGAGUUGGCAUCUUGAGGAUCAGCAGGUCCGUCAGGUUGCAAUGAAGAACCGAAAUGCGGACAUUGCGAGUCGCAGCGAGCUCCGGGUCUUGGAGCUCUUCGCUGGGCUGGGCGGCAUGCGCUGCGCGCUGGCGCAGGCGAAGCUUCCGGUGGAGGCGCGGCGGCGCGGCGGAACGCACGGAAUGCCACCAAGGGUUAAAAUCGUUGCAGCCAUCGACGUCUCCGAACUCUGCGAGAAGGCCUACUGCCACAAUUUUGGCCACGCCGAGUGGAAGAAGAAGACCAUUGAAUGCUUGAAGCUGCAAGAGGUGGAUGCCUUGGCAGCUGAUCUUUGGCUGAUGAGCCCACCUUGUCAACCCUUCACCAGGGCUGGGAAGAGGAAAGAUCAUGAGGAUGACCGGUCGCGAGGGCUGCUCCAUCUGAUCAGCCUCCUGCCUUUGAUGGAGAAUCCUCCACGGGCCAUUCUUUUGGAGAAUGUUGUUGGCUUUGAACGCUCCGAGUGCCGCCAGCGGCUCCUGGACACCUUGGCGCAGUUGGAGCAUUGGGAGCUGGCGGAGUUUGCGUUGGAUCCGGAAGAGUUUGGACUUCCCAACCGUCGCCCACGCUACUAUGGCCUCUUUCGUGCCAGCGAAGGGGCUCCGGGCCUAGGGCGCUUGCAAGUGAGUUUGCAAGACGGAGGAUGCUUUUGGCGGCCAGUGGCCACUGCCUUGGAGGCCGAAGCCCUCCUGCAAGGACGUGCUGGGCCCCUGACAGAGGUAACAGUCUUGGGAGACUUCCUUCAGGAUGCGGCCAGCGUGGCCAUGGAGGAAGAAGUGAUGGGAUGCUCCAUCGAAGUGCCACAAGAGGUGAUGCGAACACGCCAGCAGAAGGAGCAGCGCUAUGACAUCCACCUGCGCUCGGACCGUACCAGCGCCUGUUUGACCAAAGCCAAUGGGCGGCUCCCCUUUGGUCAUUCCCCACUUGUGCUGCAGAAUGAGGAGGAGGAGUGUGGCCUUCAACAGCGUCCCAAACUCUCUGCACAGGGCGACGGUGCCGGCAGCGCCACCGACCAUGACGAGCCUCCCGCUUCAGGUGGACAACCUUGGACUUCGCGGCGAAAGCCGGAGGCAGAAGCCAAGGUGCUGGUGGGAGGUAUUCUGCCUGGAGAUGUGAACGCGGCCGAGGUCUAUCCCCUUCCGGCUUGGACUGCAAACGACCUGCACAAUCUCAGGGAGGAGGGCCGACGAGUAGCCGAUGAAGAGAGACGGGCUAUGGGCGGUGGAGGCGGUGCCUUGGCAGCCGCCGGUGCAGCUGUUGCGCCGGCAGUUGUUGGUGGGGCCCCUGUGAGCACCAAGAUUGACCCCGUUGACGGCUAUGAGGCUGGAACCCUGGAAGUGCUGGCUGCAGAGACGAUAGGAUCCCACCAAUUUGGACAAGAAGUCACUGGUGUACCCAACCCCCUGGCCAAGGACAGCAAGAUUGUUCAUGUUGGGGCGGAUGGCAUCGGCAUUUUUGUUCAGUGUGUUGAUGGACAAGACUAUUUUAGUUUUUUGCAGAAGCCGGCCAAGUCAGAUCCAAGGGUGCUUCCAGUUGAGUUGAACCCCAUUGGACAACCAGAGAGGACCUUGAAGGAGGUUGCAUCCAUGGGCUUUAAGACAAAGGUGAGGUGGGAGUUGGCGGGUCCCCGCGCUAGCAAGUGGUGCGUCAACUACCUGGCCAUCGAGAACCUGGGUUUCGAAGGCCACCAUGAAAGACUACGACAAGUCACAAGGGCUGAUGCUAGCAGCUGGGGAAUCCAGGAACAUUUCCAGGUCAGCAUGGCCCUUCGCCAGGCCCUUCUCGCGGACCAGCUCGACUCCUACAAUUUGUUGAGCAUUGAGAUACAAUAUGAUACAAUUCACACCGAGAAGGAGGCAAACCUGGCAAAGAACCUGUGCAAGGCUCGGGAAGAGCGAGAGGCCCUUGAGGAGCUUCGGGUUGCUGAGGGGUACGAUGACUUGCCGACUUCGUGCCCCCUUGGAUCCUUCAAUCCUGACCUUGUCUCACUACCAUCUGAGGGUAUUAAUCCCGUGCCUUUGGAGAGCUUGCGGGGUGAGGGCGGGCAACAAGAGGUGGAGGAUUUCACCAUUCACCAGACGCUGGACAUAGCAGAAGCUCGCGAGCCGCAGGGCCAGUUGUACAUUGCCAGCGCUGACCUUCAGAAUGCUUUUUACACGAUGGCCAUGCCAAGUGCACUUCAAAAGUUUUUUGGGCUUCGCAAAGUGCAAGCUGGAGAGCUGGGGGUGUCUGGAAUUGCUGGCUCAGAGGUACAACCCGCCUCAUGGGUUUACCCUCGCAUUGCAGUCUCACGCUAUGUGGUGGUGCCAGAGGAUAAGCUGGGCAUACGAGAGCUGCUGCGACGGGGCCGUGCGAGUGGCCAGCAACUGGAACGCUUGAUCGGGCACAUGACCUUCGUCUCACUCUGUCGGCGAGAGUCCCUUUCAGUUCUUGGGGACUGUUACACCUUCAUCAAGCGCAACUAUACACACAGUACGAAUCUGUGGAAAAGUGUUCGCAAAGAGCUUUGGCAGUGGGAUGGUUUGGUUGUUGGACGAAAGCGCUGGCAGAGAGAGGAGACGAUGCCUGUAUACGAGGAAAUGUGGCGAGGCUUCGUGAAGUGGAGUGCAGGCCAGGUGAGACAGACCAUGACUUGGACUCAGCUGGACCGGCUUCGAGAUCUGGUGCUGCCGCUGAAGAAAAGCGGCAAGGCCUUCAAGGACUAUGCCAUUUUGCUUCACCCCCUAGAGGCGGAAGAUACAACAUUUGAUUUUGGGUUGGAUCCAGGUAUAUGGUACACCAAGCUGGCCGAGCCUUAUCCAAAUCGGUUGACCAAAGUUGUUGCCGUAGCCUUCAACAACACCGAGCUCUCUCAGCUUGCGAUGGCGUUUCAAAGCCAUUGGUGAGGUUUUUUCUGUGAGAGGCGGCUACACCAGAGGGCUCCAAGCAAAGUUGGGCAAGUUUAGGUGGAGGCGAGACUUGGUGGAAGGCUGCAGCUUUCAGCAUGUUUUCACUAGCGCUUAGAUGAGCACUGGCCUGAAGCGAAAAGAUGCGACAGAAUGCAUAUAUGUGGUUGAUGUGUCUCAGGUGUUGUAGUGAUACAAUGUCAAACAAGCAACCACGUGUCAAAUAUCCACUGCUCUGAGGUGUCACAUGAGUGUGCGGUAGUGGGAAAACCACGGCCUUGACUCCGUUUUCAUCAUAUCCAGCCAAACGCAUUAACUACCUAAAUCCUGACAAGAACCAGAUACUUGGCCCAGCCCCACAAUCACGCAAGGAACACGGAAUGUUUGUUGGAGGGAGGGUGUCUUUGCACCCUGGAUGUCCCCUGUCCUUUUCAGGGCCAUAUUCGUGCCACUUCUU